AUGCCGUCCGUUGAUACCUACUUUCUCCUGCCUACUCCCUAUGCACCGAACAGUCAGCUUCCAGUCCUCCACUACCGGAACGUCCUUCCUUCUCCUCUAACUGAGGAAACUGUAACUCGGUUUCUGACGGCAAAUCAGUGGGAAAAGAGAGGAACUUGGGGUCACAUCCCCAUCCGCCACUUUCAUCCCAAUAGCCACGAGUGCUAUGGCAUAUUCCGCGGCUCCUCCAAACUCCUCCUUGGCGCGGGUGGCGGCGAUACAGCCGCCGGCCUCGAGCUCUCAGUUCAGGCUGGGGACGUGAUUGUCCUUCCAGCGGGCACUGCACACAGCUGCGUUGAGAGUAGUGAGAAUUAUCAAUAUAUUGGUGUUUAUCCUCAGGGCUGUCCACGGUGGAGAAAUGAGAUGGGAAACAGGCCGAUCGACCUGCCUUUGCUCCGCGAGGAAACAGAGAUGGUAGAAAUGCCCGAGGCAGACCCUGUUUAUGGGACUGGAGGGCCAUUGUUGGCGCUGUGGAAGAAGAAUUGCAAGGCAAAGCUAUAG